AUAUCUAUUUAGGGCAAAGAAUAAUAUUUAAACCUGUUCAUGAUUUUAACAGGUUCAGUGUGCUAAGUGCACAUGCAGGUAACCUGACUGUCCCAAUCAAUCAUUCGUCUAUUGGAGACAUGCUGAAAUUUCUGUUGCUACUCAUUUCUGUGGCUGGCUUUCAUGCCAGACCUUUGCAAUAUAAUGAUCUUCGUAUCCAAAAUGGUGGAUGGGUCCUAGGAGCUCCACAACUUGUACAAGAUGGGCAAGAAUACAUGGGGAAUUCUGUACCUGCUAAACACCCAGGACAGGACAAAAAAAAGUCUGAACCUCAGUGGGAAGUUGUUCUUGCUCCAGUGCAUAAAGUAAAGAUGCAAGCUGAUAUGAAACAGAAAGUUGCUCCCAUUGAGGAACACAGACAAGACACCGAACCAUCUAAGCGUCUUGUGGUGGAUCUCAACACUGGCUUGCUAAAAGAAUACAUCGUCUACAAUCCUGUAUCCAAUGCUGAGUUCAGACAGGGCACGCAGAACUCUCGUAUUACUCUGGUGAACAUCAGAACAGGGCAACCGUUGCCUCAGCUAUCAGAAAUGCAGAGAAGAGCAGAACCAUUGUCUCAGUACAGACAAGGCACGGAGUACACUGAGCCAACCUUGAUGGAGCUCAGGAACCCCCACAUGAUGAGGAGCAUGGACAAAUCCAACAUUAACAAACAGGAAGCCACCCACAAAUCCUACAAUCCUGUAUCCAAUGCUGAGUUCAGACAGGGCACGCAGGACUCUCGUGUUACUCUGGUGAACAUCAGAACAGGGCAACGGUUGCCUCAGCUAUCAGAGAUGCAGAGAAGAGCAGAACCAUUGUCUCAGUUCAGACAAGGCACGGAGUACAGUGAGCCAACCUUGAUGGAGCUCAGGAACCCCCACAUGAUGAGGAGCAUGGACAAAUCCAACAUUAACAAACAGGAAGCCACCCACAAAUCCUACAAUCCUGUAUCCAAUGCUGAGUUCAGACAGGGCACGCAGGACUCUCGUGUUACUCUGGUGAACAUCAGAACAGGGCAACGGCUGCCUCAGCUAUCAGAGAUGCAGAGAAGAGCAGAACCAUUGUCUCAGUACAGACAAGGCACGGAGUACACUGAGCCAACCUUGAUGGAGCUCAGGAACCCCCACAUGAUGAGGAGCAUGGACAAAUCCAACGUUAACAAACAGGAAGCCACCCACAAAUCCUACAAUCCUGUAUCCAAUGCUGAGUUCAGACAGGGCACGCAGGACUCUCGUGUUACUCUGGUGAACAUCAGAACAGGGCAACGGCUGCCUCAGCUAUCAGAGAUGCAGAGAAGAGCAGAACCAUUGUCUCAGUACAGACAAGGCACGGAGUACACUGAGCCAACCUUGAUGGAGCUCAGGAACCCCCACAUGAUGAGGAGCAUGGACAAAUCCAACAUUAACAAACAGGAAGCCACCCACAAAUCCUACAAUCCUGCAUCCAAUGCUGAGUUCAGACAGGGCACGCAGGACUCUCGUGUUACUCUGGUGAACAUCAGAACAGGGCAACGGCUGCCUCAGCUAUCAGAGAUGCAGAGAAGAGCAGAACCAUUGUCUCAGUACAGACAAGGCACGGAGUACACUGAGCCAACCUUGAUGGAGCUCAGGAACCCCCACAUGAUGAGGAGCAUGGACAAAUCCAACAUUAACAAACAGGAAGCCACCCACAAAUCCUACAAUCCUGUAUCCAAUGCUGAGUUCAGACAGGGCACGCAGGACUCUCGUGUUACUCUGGUGAACAUCAGAACGGGGCAACAGUUGCCUCAGCUAUCAGAGAUGCAGAGGAGAGGAGAACCAUUUGAGUUCAAACAAGGCACUGAGUUCAGUCUUGUGAGCUUGAUGAAUCUUCGGAGGACAAAGAUGACCUCUGUACAGGACAUGGAAACCAACGAGGUGUUUCCUGAAUUCAAACGUGGCAUUGAAUAUUCACAAGCUCAAAGACGACACGUCAUGGAUCAACAUCGUUUCCAAGCUCUAGGAAGUAAUGAAGUGGAGAUUUCUCCAGAUUUUGAAGAGUUUGGACAUGAUGCGGAAUUCAUCCAUGUCAAUUUAAUAGAUAGACGAUUCAUGGGGCCUUCUUAUGUGAAGCAAAUCUAAAAUGACAGACCUUUCAUGAAGCUAAAGAUGUUCUGAAUCGAUGGACAACAGUACACUGUGGCCUGAAAACAGCAUUAAUUUCUUCAUAUUAACAGUGUUAAAGUUCUUUCAGAGUAAAACUAUCAAAAAAUCAUCCACUGACUUGCCUAAUUCUCUGAAAUGAAUUCAAAAUCUAUUAAUGUUUUUCAAUAAUAAAUAACACUAAGCAUUUCAAA